AUAAUUCUGAAUUAGUUCGUCAGUUAUUAUUUUGGUCCUCUUCUUCCUCUGUUCUUUGCAAGGAAACAUGGUGGUUUCCUUGUAUUGUGUCGAACCCAUUUUUUUUCUCUGGUUUUCGGCUUUUUCUUACCUAAAGUGAGAUUAUAUCGGUGGGUUUUUGUUUGUGGUUCAAAGAUAUGGCAUUUCUGAAGUGAAAAAGGAAGCCAUAUCUUUUAUUUAUUUAUUUAUCUAUUUUUGUAGACCAAAUUUCUAGUUUUUUCUCUUGGUGUUUUGAAAGGAAUAGUUGGAGUUUUCUUACUUUGAAUGCUAGUUUUGCCUUCUUGUGUUUCUUUCUUUAAAUGUACACACACAAACAGAGCAUUUGUUCUGAAAUAAAAAUGGAUAGUGUAUGUGGGUUUUCUCUAUAGUUUAGAGUGACAAAUUUUUUGUUUAGGUUUUUGCAGGAGUAAUAGAUUCGUGAGUAUGAGUGGUUUUGUUUCCUUUGAUUCAAAAGGAAAACGCAUCAAGAUCCUGGUGUUUCUUAGUUGAAAUGGGAAAAAAUGCUACCAAAGCUUACAGAAAUCAAUUUGGCCCUUCAAUCAGGAAAGAUUAAGAGUGAUAGGAGGGUUAAACGAGACCCAGAUAGCUUGGUGAGAACCAUGGGGGAGGCAAUUGGGCGGUUGAAAGUCACAGUGGUGCGAGGCAAACUAUUGGUGGUCCGAGAUUUCACGAGCAGUGACCCUUAUGUGGUGGUUAAGCUCGGUAACCAGAUGGCAAAGACGAAGGUAAUUAACAGUUGCCUUAACCCUGUUUGGAACGAGGAAUUGAAUUUCUUGGUUUACAAUCCGAUCGGGACUCUAAAACUGGAGGUUUUUGACAAAGAUAGAUUUAAGGCAGAUGAUAAGAUGGGAAACUCACAUGUAGAUCUCCAGCCCCUCGCAAUGGCAGCAAGAAUGCGGAAAGUGGUGAAGGGAGAGCCAGGAAUGGAGACCAAGAUGAGGAAGGUUGUUCCAAACAAGGAGAAUUGUUUGGUGAGAGAUAGUUGUGUGAGAUAUGUUGAUGGUGAGGUUGUUCAGGAUGUGUGUUUGAGGCUGAGAGAUGUGGAGUCAGGGGAGUUAGAUCUGCAACUUAAAUGGGUUGAUGUUACUUCUCUCUCUAACAUGCCAUCUGAAAGUGUAUAGUGGUCUUCAGUGGACAAAAGGUGAGAUUAGGCUUUGGCUUUUCUUUCUCUUCGACUCCAAAUAGUUGAGAAAAGGUUUUGAUGAUGAUGACUCUCUCUCUAUCUCUGCAUUCCCUCUCUAGUGAGGGCUGCAUUCCCUCUCUAGUGAGGGCUUGUCUUGCCGACUCCAAAUAGUUGAGAAAAGACUUUGAUGAUGAU